AUUACCCUACAGGUCACAAUGACAUGUCACGCAUUUAAAAUCCCAGACGCCGAUAUGAAAUUCCGGGCUGAUUCCUCCGUAGACCUGUUGCAAACGGCUUCGGGGAAACGAAAAUUCUACUAUAAGGUACGUGCAUCCGAAGACGCUUGUGCCAGUACAAGGCGUAUGCAAUUUUACAGUUUGGGAGGGGGGGUGAGGGAGGGCUGGGGGGGUGAAGACUUGUACUUCUAUUCUAAGACAAGGUACAGGUAACCUGGUGGAUUUACAUGUGUACUUAUAUUUGUAUGUAACUUUAAUCAAAACGUCUGCCAAUUAGCAACACGUGCUAAACUUGUCGCUGAAGUUUACAUUUAAAAAAAAAAUUUAAGCGAAUUAAUAAAUUGGUUCCGACAGUUUUUUUUUUUAUCUAACUUUUGUGAAAUGAGUUUAUGUUCUUUCCUUUUUUAUGCAUAGGGUCAGACGAUAUUCAGAAGGAUGCUGGUGGAUGCGUGGACCUCUGAACUCAACGGACUGGUCCAAGAAUUUUAUUUUCUUGCCAACUCGAGUGGAUCUCCCAGGAAUAGCACGAAAUGGAGUGAGCGAAACAGGUUCCGGUACCCGACACCCGUGGGAAUGCUGCUGAAGAAUAACACGGCAACGUCAUCCCACCAAAUGUCGCGCAUUUACGCGGAGUUCACAAGAACGGCUACGGAGCUGACAAGAGAGCUCAAGAAAAGCGGAUUUUUGCCCACAAAUGAAACUUUUCAAAUGGGCCGUAAAUUAAUCAGAACGGUAAGUCAACUGAGCACAGUGUAUAAAUUGAACUUCUUCCACUACAGCCCGAUCCUCACCUCCACAGAAUACUUCUCCGUUGCCGACUGUUACAAGGAAGCCGAAAGAUUACCCUUGGUCGUUAAAGUGAACAACUGCAGCGUGAGGGAGGUAUUCUAUAACAUGAAAGGGUUUGUAAAUUCACUGAGGCGGGCGCUCGCCGACCACUCUAACUUAUCCAUCAUCCAAAUCAGCGAGGUGGCAUUACUCACACCACCACACCUAGAGCUGUCUCAACGCGCGAAGUACAUUUAUUUGACACUUUUAGGCACUCCUCGGGUCAACGACGUUCAGCAGCUGGCUAUAGGUCCCGCAAAACUGGCCCUAGCUCAUGCCAUCCAAAAGGGGAUUCAAUUCGAGGUACAGUACGGGAAUUUUUCAAAAGUGUUCCGAGUCAGUAAGGAAUUAAUGGAAGUAAACAGUACGAAUUUCAUCAAUAUUUUUUUUGGCCCAUCGAACAAGACCGGACAGGCUUACAGUACCUACAGACUAGGAUCUCGAAUGUUCAGCAAAUACCGCAGUCCCACUAAAGAUAAUUCGAGGAGGUAUUCGCCCACCGCAGUGGCUGGCGUUGCGUUUUCAAUGCUCACACUUGGAGCCUCGUUGUGUCUCUUCGUGAGCAUUUUCCUGUACAAGAAACGUCACCCCGGACAAUCGUUGAUCGCAUUGGGAGAAACAGAGUAG